CUCAGCCGCGGCCUACAGAGGAGUAAGAGAAGAAGAAGCCCAUCGUGUUGUGGUUACUGCUCCUUUAUCCCGAAGCCCGUUAUGGAUCCUGGAACCACCAUCCUGAGGGUGAAGCGGAAGAGAUGCACAGACCCCGCGGACGCGCUGCUGCUCGCCUGUAAACGGGUCCGAGCCGAAUCCAGUCCUGUACAGUCCGAACCGGAACCGGAACCGGAGCGGAUCGAGAACUCCGUGUUUAAGCUCGUGGCCACAGUGUCGUCUCAGGACACUCCGGUGCAGACUCACGUACGUGAAGCGCUGUCACGUCCACGUCUCGCACACGCCCUGCGUCCGUCUCACGGCAGCUCCACCAGGGUCAUCAGUGACUUGCGCAACACCAAAUGGACCACAAGAAGAGAGGAACGGUACCGGAUCCUGUCCAGCCACCGAGCCGGACUUCCCACAGAGCCUCGAAUAGAACACGAACCUGAAGAGAAGGUUCAGACAGACACCGGAUCUCGUUUGGGAGACGUGCAGGUGUUUGAUAUCGUUCAGGAAGACGGUGAGGAGCACGAGAAGGAUCCUGAGAAGAACAUGGAGUCUGACACCGAGACGAUUCUGUGUAACUCUGUGAAGAUGAUGCGCGAGAAGCUGAGCAUGUCCACACACGGGACUGAACAUCGCGAGAAGGAGGAUGACUACGUUUAUGAUCUGUACUACCAGGAGAAGGCCACACCCGGCUGGAUUCAGGACAUCUUAUCGGUCAGACCUUACACUGAAGAAGGACAGCUGGUACCUGACGAGGUCGCUUUGGAGGAAGAAGUGUACGAGGAUGAGGAUGAUGAAAAUGCUGAAAGCAACUGGAGGAACGAUUACCCAGAUGAGGACAGUGACGAUGAGAAUAACGAAGAACGCUAUGGAGGUUGUUGGAGUGAGGAGCACUCGUACAGCAGGAGGAGCUGGGAGCGCUAUCAGAGGGAGGUGAUGAAGGAUUUGGAAGAGGAUGAGGAUGGAGAAGAAUUUGAUUCUGACUGAGACUGUGUGUGUGUGUGUGUGCGCGCACACUUUUACUCCCAUGAUGAUGCAGUGAUGUGUUUGCUGAUGCAUAUAAUGUUGCUGAUGUGUUUUUGCAUUGUCUGAGUGAUGUUGCAGUGUGUUGUGUUUG